CACUCCCGCUUUCAAUUCGCUCCCUCUCCUCUCCUCUCCUCUCUCUCUCCCUACCUGUUUUCUCCUUCUUCUUCUCUGUCAGUGAAAUGGCUGCAAUGCCAGUCCUCUUCCGCAUUGCCGCCACCAUCCUCUCGCUUCUGGCGGUGGCAGACGCUCGCAUCCCCGGCGUUUACUCCGGCGGUCCCUGGCAGUCCGCCCACGCUACCUUCUACGGCGGCAGCGACGCCUCCGGCACCAUGGGCGGAGCAUGCGGGUACGGGAAUCUGUACAGCCAGGGGUACGGAGUGAAGACUGCGGCGCUGAGCACGGCGCUGUUCAACGAGGGGCUGAGCUGCGGGGCGUGCUUCGAGAUCAAGUGCGACAACGACCCGACAUGGUGCCACCCGGGUUACCCCUCCAUCUUCGUCACGGCCACCAACUUCUGCCCGCCGAACUACGCCCUUCCCAACGACAAUGGCGGCUGGUGCAACCCACCCCGCCCCCACUUCGACCUCGCCAUGCCUAUGUUCGUCCAGAUCGCCGAGUACCGUGCGGGAAUUGUCCCCGUCUCUUACCGCCGGGUGGCUUGUGCAAGGCAAGGGGGGAUUAGGUUCACGGUGAACGGCUUCCGCUACUUCAACUUAGUGCUGAUCACCAACGUGGCGGGCGCAGGGGAUAUCGUGAGGGCCAGCGUGAAGAAGGGCAGCGACACCCAGUGGAUGGCCAUGAGUCGCAACUGGGGCCAGAACUGGCAAUCCAACGCCAUUCUUGUGGGCCAGUCCUUGUCAUUCAGGGUCUCAGGCAGUGACGGUAGAACCUCCACCUCCUGGAACGUGGCUCCCGCCAAUUGGCAGUUCGGCCAGACCUUCACCGGUCGCAAUUUCCACGUCUGAUCUCCACUCUACACAUCUGAAUCUGAUCGUCCCCUCCCUCUUCAAUCUUCUUAAUAUUUUCUCUCUUUUUCUCGGGAAAAUCUCAAAGUUCUUACGAUAGAAAGGAAAAUGAUAUAUAUAAGUUAUAAAAGAAAAAAAAAAAAAAAACUCAAAAGUGGGGGUUUGUGGUAACUUUUUUUUCUCUUUCUCUCUCUCUCUCUCUCUUCUCUCUUUUCCCCUUGUGAAAUUUGGUUUCCCACUGCUUUACUUUUGAUUUGUUUGGCGUUUGUUAGUGGGUCGGGUCGGGCCGGGCCGGGCCGGCUAGCUGGUUACUCCAUGAACCGGCGAAGGCUUAGGCUCUUCUAAAAGUUUAAAAGUGUUCAGAGGCUUGAGGCGGCCGCGGGGAAUUAGCCAAAAAGCAUGUAGCCCGCAGCUUUAAAUUAUACGAUAUAUAUAUAUAUAUAUAUAAAUUUCUAUUGCUGUAA